AUGGCAGACUGUGUCCGUGAGAUCUUUGUGGUUUCAGCAGCUGGGCAGGGCCAUCUUCAGCCUUGCACGCAGCUCUGCAACCACCUGAACUCCCGAAAUUACCAAACUACCCUCGUCGUUCCUUCCUCUGUCGCCAUCCCCUCCUCCUCUUUCACCCGCCAAAACCCGCUCGCCAAAAUCCUCCAUCUCACAGCUUCCCCGGGCCUACCCAGACCCAGACUCGACCCGCUCCACCACAAAGCAGCACAAGAGCUCCACGACCACCUCGCCGACAUUUCCAUCAUUCCCGAUAUGCCCCUUCCUCUCUGCGCCAUCGUAGACUUUCAAAUGGGCUGGACCAAGGAGGUCUUCUGGAAAUUCCACGUCCCAGUGAUCGGAUUCUUCACAUUCGGCUCGUGCGCCGCCGCCAUGGAGUGGGGCGCGUGGAAUGUCCGAGCAGGAGACAUCCGACCCGACGAGCUCCGCCUAAUUCCCGGCCUACCCGAUCACAUGGCUCUCACGAUUUCCGACAUUAAAAGAAGGCCAGCCGGUCCGCCACGUGGCCAUGCGAACCGGCCACCAGGCGGAGGAAGAGAGGGUGGUCCGCCUAAACCGGGAGACCGGCCUCCGUGGGUCCCAGAGAUAGAAGGCUCCGUCGUUCUGAUGUUCAACACCUGUGACUUCCUGGAACGUCCGUUCAUCGAGUACAUGAAAACCCAGAUGGGGGUGCCAGUAUGGGGCGUGGGCCCACUCUUGCCGGAAACGUACUGGAAGCCGUCGGAUUCACUGCUCCUCCCUGACCGCCCGAUGAAACCACACCACUGCCGGCAAUCAAACUACACUGAAGAAGACGUCGCACGUUGGCUGGACUCAAAGCCCCACGGGUCCGUGUUAUACGUGGCAUUCGGCAGCGAAGUGGGCCCCACAGUAGAAGAGUAUCCCCAUCUGGCCAGUGCAUUGGAGGAGUCGACCCGGCCGUUCAUCUGGGUCAUCCAAUCCGGGUCGGGUGACGGGUACUACCCAGAAGGGUUGAACAGCAAAGCGGGUGAGAGGUGUUUGAUAAUAUGUGGAUGGGCACCACAAGUGUUGAUACUGAGCCAUAAAUCAACAGGUGGGUUCUUAUCACACUGUGGGUGGAAUUCAACAGUGGAAGCCAUUGGCCGUGGGGUGCCCAUUUUGGGGUGGCCCAUUAGGGGUGACCAGUUUUACAAUGCCAAGUUGGUGGCAAAGCAUCUCAAGGUUGGCUAUGGAGUUUGUGAAGAUUUUACAGAAAUGGUUAAGAAAGAAGACAUAGUGGAAGGGAUAGAGAGGUUGAUGGGUGAUGAAGUGGUGAAGAGACAGGCCAUGGAGAUAGGGAAGAGGUUGGAGGACGGGUUUCCGGCGAGCUCCGUGGCUGCAUUGGAUGUUUUUGUGGAUUUUAUUAGGCCAAAAACCAGCUCAGAAGUUUACAGAAUAGUUUGA